GGGGGACAAUGGAGGCCGCACGCGAGAAAUGCAAUUCACCUUCGGAGUUCGGUGCACCCUGGUUGGGCCAUUUGUGGUGCAGCGGCCGGGCAUAUCUACAUCAUGGGCCGCAUCGUGCAGCAAACAUGGACGAAUGCAUACUUUCCCGAACAUGCAUGUGAGUGUGUUGACCAACGAUCCCAAGAACGAAUGGAUGGUCCAUCCGCAAGCACGGCGACGGUGACGAGAACGAGCUAGCCCCACCGCAGCGCCCUCCAGUCUCACUUUGGUUUUUCCAUUCCUUGUACCAUGCUGCGCUCCUUCACUGCUGCCAUCUUCGCGAUUGGGUUGUCGCUCACGGCGUCGCCCGCGUCGGCUUCCGUCGGCCUGUGCGCCACUAAUAAGCCGUAUUCAUACUCGGUAGCCAAGACGCAAUACCCGCACUUGAAGUCAGCCAUUGAAGCCGUCGAAGCGCAGCCCAUUGCGACGUGGUACACGGAUCGCUCGCAAGAUGCUAAAACGCAAGUCCAAAACGUUGUGAGCAAGUGCCCCGCUGGGGAUCGCCCCACCGUGGUGGUUUACGGCUUGCCCAACAAAGACUGCGAAGGCCACCAUUCUUCUGACGGGAGCAACAAAUCGACAGCCGACUACGCUGCGUUUUUGGAGUCUCUUGUGGCUGCCGUGGGCAACAACGACGUGAUUUAUAUCUUGGAACCCGACGCAAUUGGUCUCCUUGCAGGCGGAUCCGAAUGCGCUGUGACGAACGGCUACGAAGCCAACUUGAUUGUGGCGUUGGGCAUUUUGGGCAAGAACCCCCGCGCCGACAUUUACGUGGACGUUGGGUACUGGGUCUUGGGCGGCCAAAGCGACGCCAAGAUUGCAGCCGUCUUGGCCAAACUUGACCCCACCGGCAAGCGGCUCAAGGGCAUUUCCAUCAACACGUCAAACUUUCGGUCGACGGACGAGCUCGUCCGCCUCUGUAGCACGUUCUCCGCAACGGCGAAAAAGACCACUGGGCUCGCUGCCACGUGCGUGCUGGAUAUUUCUCGCAAUUUCCAAGGCCCGGACCCAAACAGUCAAUGGUGCAACCCCAAGGGCCGUGGCAUUGGUCGUCCCCCGGCCGUCCAUCCUGCGGCAUACCCCCUCAUUGACUACUUCUUGUGGAUCAAGCCCCCUGGUGAGAGCGACGGCACUUGCAAUGGCGGCCCGAACGCCGGCGCAUUCUUCGCCGAAGGUUUUGUCGACUUGUGGAACAAGGGGUACUUUGUCAGCGUCGAAGGUCAGCCUCAAAUCAACAUCACGACCGCUUGA